CAAGGCGUGCGCGUGGGUGGUGUUCCGAGUUAUCUCGGUGCUCGAAUGGGAGACGGCAUCUGAUUCUUUGAAGAGACGCAGGAGCGCGACAGUUGGCACGGACGACAGGAAAAAAGAAAUUCAGGCGUAAAGAAGGUUGCCCAGGAUCGCCAUGGCUGCUAACGUCCCCCAGGGUCCUACAAGAAAGGACCUAAAGUACCUGCUAGACGGUCUACAGACAGACGUGGAGUUCCUUGUCGGCGACCCUCCGGGCACCCGCUUCAAGGCUCACAAGCUAAUCUUGGCCAUGAGGAACGACGUCUUCGAGGCCAUGUUCUACGGCAGCAUUCCCGAGGAAGGAGAUGUUAUCAUUCCCGACCUGCAUCCGGACGGUUUUCGAGCAUUCCUCAGCUAUCUGUACAGCCACGAGGCCAAAUUCGCUGACGUCGAGACGGCACUUCUCACCAAAAGAGCGGCGCAGAAAUACCUGGAUCUCAACCUUGUCGGCCUGUGCACAGAGUUUGUCAGAAAGAGCAUCAAACCUGACACGCUCUGCUGCGUUCUGGACGUCCUCGCGAUUAGCGACGAACCCAUGUCCGAGUAUGACGGCGCCAUCAACGAAACCCUGAAAACAAAGGCUGGUGAAGUUCUUGACUCGAAGACCUUCAUAUCUGCAUCGGAAGUAACCAUCUUAGAGGUCUUGAGGAGAGAGAAGAGGGUCUCCGAGUACGAGGUCCUUCGGAGCAUUUAUGCGUGGGCAGUUGUCAAGUGCUCGGCGGUAGCUGACACGCCCUCUGACAAACUGCUGGAGAGGUCUAUGAAAGCCUUAUUGUCGGAGAUCAAGCUUCUGAGCUUGACUCCAGCAGAAUUUGUCGAGGGUCCAGCAGCGUGGAAAAUAUUCACAGUGGACGAGGCCUAUAGCAUUCUGAGUAACAUCAUCAAGCGAGGAUCUAUGCCGCUCCCCGAUUUCUGCAAGCAAUAAGGACAUUUACAAACUGCUCAAAGUUUCAUUGUGUGGAUCGUUAUCAAUCAACCCUGCAGUGUUUUCUUUUUUGUUUCUUUUUUUUUUUGUGUGUCUGUGACAAGAUAUGCAUAAAGCCAAGCAAACGCUGGCGCUCAUUUAUAGAUUUACAAUAAAACAUAAGGUACGCUCCCGA